UCUCUCUACUAAUAAUGUCAGUUUUAUCACGUCUUACUGCUACAAUAGUUUGUGAAUAAUUUGUGCUUGCUCUUGUUUUGCGAACCUGUGCGAAGCACAAGUCGACAGUUCGUUUGGCUGAUAUUUUCCCUUCAUAUUCUUGCAGCAUUUUGUGAUAUAUUUAGUGUAGUUUAUGCUCCUAAUGACGACUGCAUUUUUAGAGGAGCAUCCGGGUUUUCUUAGUUUUGCUAUUGGAAGUGAAAUGUAAAAUUACUUCACCGUUUAGUUUGUCGGAGUAAAUAAUAUUAGAAGAGAGGUGUAAAACUACCAAGUGCUACUGCUGGGAAUCCCAAAAUAAGUUAGUUGGCUUUCCUAUCGUGUUUUUCAAUGGUCGAUCAAACCUUUCUGCCAGUGUGAUUCAUAAGAAAUCUAGCUCAACAAAUUGAUAGAUUCCAGUUUAUUGCUUUGAGCUAAUUUCAUACAGUGAUUCACCGAUUGCUUGUAAUAGAUAAGCUGCCGUGCAAAAUGUUAAAAACAAAAACGCAGCAUCAAAAAAAUAUUCUCAAUACGAUAAUCUGCGUUUUGCCUGAUAACAGACCGAUUACUUCGCUACAGUUGGUGGAAGAUUAUGAAAAGUGUCCUAAAAACUUUCAAGUAAUAAACAAAACUUACGACCAAGAUCAAGAUGCUGACCUGUGGCGAGAGAAUAUUCUGUUUGGCAAGAAAACUGCUCGGUACCUCUGCCAAUCGAAAACAGAAGGACUGCCGGAUUAUAUACUGGAAACGCUAAAGGUGAUUGGUGACAAAGAAGCCUUACCCGAAGGAUUCUCUCAGCUUACGCGGACGGCCGACACCGAGCAGAGAGCGUGGCGCAAAAAGCAGAUUGUCUAUCGGCUGGCGAAGAAAGGUGUUGCCAAGCAGGCCAUCACAGAUAUUAUACUGUGCUCUAGACUACGACAAGCCCCUGAAGGCUUCACACUAGCGGGCGACAUCAAUGGCAUAUUAAUUUGCUACAAGACAACAUUGAUUGCCCACCGAGCACCGCCGAGUGUGCCUUCCAGACAAAGUAUUUCGGAUCUCGAAAAAACAAUAGAAGAUUUGAAAAUCCAAGCCAGCCAAGAGAAUUCUUUUUAUCCGGUUCCAUCUGAAAUUCUCGAUCAUGAUUAUGAACAACUACUGCCAUCAUAUCAGUUGUCUCCGAAACGGCCUGCUCCAAAGCCGCCAGCUUAUUCUACGGGGACGUUAAAUGUUCACGCUGAAAUGGAAGAAGUGCCGUUUGUACUAAAUCCUGCUCUGUGCAGGUAUUCUACCGAGAUUCCUCCCUUGCAUGUAGUCAGUGACGCUAAACUAGAAUACGAUUUCCAUCUGGAGCGGCAAAUACUCUGCACAACCAAGACAACGAACGCUCAUAAUACUAACCCGUUCUUCCACUAGCUGUUGGCUGUGCAUGCAUUUUUUGCCAAGGAAUGUAAACGUUAGAACGCUCAUGUAGUGUUAAAAGCAAGUAUUUUUUAAAUCCUGCCCACUUUACCCGAAGAACUUCCAUUCAUGUUGUCUCCAUCUAUACAGUUAGAUCUUGAUUUUUUUGAUAUUAAAAAAUAUAAUCCGAUAGAUAAAUGCAACUGGCGGUACGAGGUAUAACCUGGUUGCUGUCACAUAUACGAACAUAGCAUUAUAUUACCAUAUAGCUUUGUUUUUCUAAGAAUAGUUAAAAUAUACGAAAAUCAUCACAUAAAUUGAGAUAUCAAUGAGUAAGUAGUGACGACGUUAGACCUUAAUUUUCUUUGCAGACUGAUUGCCCUAUCUCGAUAAAGUAAGCAUGAACAAUUGAUACAUAGAAAGCAGAAAGUAGCAAAUGCUGUUUGGCCGUUUCCUACAAAGAAACUUAAAAUAUUGGCUAGAAAUAAUUUAACAAAACAUAUUUCUGAAAAUAAAUCAAAUAGGUAUGUUAGAGUUAGUAGUUCGAUAUGGCAACAACUCUUUACCCUAUUAUAUGUAUUCCGAUCGUCCCCAAAUUAAGCGAUCAUUUAAAACAAUAAGUAGGUGAUCAGAUAUGCGUCAUAAACUACUCAGUAAUAAAGAAGACAAUGCAUUCAGUUGCACUACUAUACAGUAGUUUAAUUGGACGGAAUUUUUAUUUUUUUGGCUGAUGUUUGGGAUUCUAAUAAGACGCAUAGGAUUAUGAUUUUCUAAUUAUUUGUUAAUACUAGCUCCGAACAAAGACUAAUUAAAAAACAAAUGUUGGGUUAUUAGGCGUUCCUGCACGAGGUUAUAUGCUACAGGACGUUUUGAUUGCUUCAUGAUAAUGUCAACUAAACUUACUAUUUUUAAAAAUUUAUAUCGAGUUUUUUGUAUCACCGCUUAUAUUACAUUUGAGGUUACAUUUGUAAUGUAUUGCAACCAUGACGCAGGCACACAAAGGACAGUUGGUUAUUGUUUAACCCAUAGAACAUCAACUAUAAUUCUUUUCAGAUUUACCUGGUAUUGAACGUAUAAUCUUUCUUAGGUGUGGGCUUCAGACAGUGGGACUCAGGCGUCACACAUAGGCAAAAAUUAGCAAAAAUACUGUCAUGGCUCUUGUUGAGACGCAAAAAUGAGUGAUCAGUCUAAACGUUAAGCUGCCUAUAUAAUUUCGGGAGAGUAAGUACGGUCUACAGAAAACGUGCUUAGGUGCUUUAGAUAAAAAAAAUCGGUGUCGGGCAUCAAUAAAUUAGGGGCAAUUCUUGUUUAGGACAAUCAUCUUUCGGGGCUGCUCAUUUGCUCAUUCAGCACUGGAGUACGGUCCAUCGCGCUUAUUCUAUAAUAUGCACUACGUGACAAGAAAGACGUUGAAAUUCCCAUUAGUUGAUCGUCUAGAUCAACUCUAGAUAAUUUUUCAAGAUUUCACGUACCUGUGAAAAGAUAGAUAAUGCUCAUUACAUUUUCUUCAUUACACUCACAGCUGGACUGGUUUUCCAAAAUCUUCACAUAGAAUCAUGACAGUUUUUAAGCCACCCUUGAGUCAUUUGCUGCUUAUUUACUUCUAUUCUUUAUAAGUUUACACUGGAAGAUUCAUUUUUUUUGCAAUGGUUUAAACUAGGCCAAAAAACAACGAAUAUCUGCGGAUAUUUAGAACUAGUAUUAAUUUAGAACGAGUAUUAAUCUACUAAUAAUUAUGCGCAUUUUAUUCAGUACGUACGUUUGGAAAGAAAGAAAUGAUAAGAAAAAAAUAUUUCGACGCUUAACGUGAAUGACUCGGCGUGCAUUACACACAUUACGCCAUACAUGUGUUCCAAGCGAUAACUUAUUUCCUCGCCAUUUCAUUGGGUCCGGAGCAUUUUAUAUAGCCAGAUAAACAUGUACCUACCUUUUCUCAUUGAGCGUUACAUGAGAACAUUUUCGAAAAAGUGGAGUCCAAUUUAUAAGAUACAUUCGCGUGAGAACUACCGUUGACAAACCUGGAAGCCAAACAGAGUCCCAGCAGUUAUACAUAUAUUAGUCAUUGGCAAUUGAUUAAUUUCAUCAAUUUACAUUGUUUAUUGGUAUACUAUUAUUAUUGGAUAUAU